GAGGGGGUGAUAUCAGAUAAGAAGGACCGGCAUUAGAACCGGGAUAGGGAAGCUGUGUAUGUACCAGUGCUUGAACUGCUUGCCUUGCUGCAGGGAAAUCAAUGCACUAGCGUGAGACCAUCCCAAGCGACCACAUAUUGUGUACAAAUUCAACUCAUAUGAACAGGUAACGCUUCUCACAAAAGCCGGAGCUACAGGACAUACCAGGACCUUGUUCAGCUGAAUCGCGCUGAGCCGGAGGAACUGCCACCAUCAGCAUUCAUUGAUUUAAGGAAGCCGUUCAAUUUAGCUAUCCCAGGAAAGAAAAGAGAAGGGAGCGAGAGAGCAGAGAAGAGGCUAAUGAUGAACAGGUUCAGAAAGUGGCUGUAUAAGCCUAAGAGAUCGGACCCGCAGCUCCUCGCUCAGUUCUUCUAUGCGGAUGAGGAGCUGAACCAGGUGGCAGCUGAGCUGGACAGCUUGGACGGCAGGAAGGACCCACAGCGCUGCACACUGCUCGUCAACCAGUUCAGAUCCUGCCAGGACAACGUGUUAAGCAUCAUAAACCAAAUCAUGGAUGAAUGUAUUUCCAGUGACCGGGCGAAUCGGGACUUUUGCGUGAAGUUCCCUGAAGAAAUAAGACACGACAACCUGGCAGGGCAGCUCUGGUUUGGGGCGGAGUGUUUAGCGGCUGGCUCGAUCAUCAUGAACCGGGAGAUCGAGAGCAUGGCAAUGCGGCCCCUGGCCAAGGACCUGACGCGCAGCCUGGAGGAGGUGAGGAACAUCAUGCGAGAUCAGUCCCUGCGCGACCUCAACCUCCACACCGACAAGAUGAAGGAGUCUCUGCGCCACUUUGACAGCCUGUUUGCAGAGUUUGAGCUCAGUUAUGUGUCAGCGAUGGUACCUGUAAAGACCCCUAAAGAAUAUUAUGUACAACAAGAAGUGAUCGUGCUCUUCUGUGAAACAGUGGAAAGGGCACUAAAGUUUGGAUACCUCACACAAGACAUGAUUGAUGACUAUGAGCCAGCACUAAUGUUUACAAUUCCAAGACUAGCCAUUGUAUGCGGGCUGGUAGUUUACUCGGAGGGGCCACUGAACCUGGAAAGCAAGUCUGAGGACAUGUCGGAGCUCUUCAGGCCGUUCCGCACUUUACUGAGAAAGAUCAGGGACUUGCUGCAGGCCUUGACUGAAGAGGAGCUGUUCACACUAGAGCGUAACCUGUGCAUCUCGCAGGACGGGGAGUUCCCAGUGGUGCAGGCCCUUCCCGAGGCAGUGGUGCCACCUCCCACUCACCCCCCUCUCCUUCCAGUUCCCACCACCAGUGCCACGAGCCCCCCUGAUCACGAGGAACCACCUGUGUCUCCCAGCGCAGGGGGGCUGGGCAAGGGAAUGGGGGACCAGCUGCUGUUGGUGAAGGCUGAGAACACAGAGGCCGAGCUGGCCUGCUCCAUGCAGUACGACGAGCAGGAGCUGGAGCAGCUCAAUAUGAUGGUGUACCGAGUGGGCGACGAGAUGUCCUGCCUGCUCUCCCCGCCCAGCCUGUUCCAGUCCCCCGCACACCGAGGGGGGAACAGCGGAAACUCCAGCACUGAGGCCUCGCCAGCGAGGAGGCUGCCUAGCCGGGCAAACAACAACGACGACGAAGAGGAAGAGGACCGCGUCUUCUUCAUGGAUGAUUUAAAUGGGGCCGGAGAAGCCCUGGCCGGGAUGGAUGGCUACUCCUCCUCUUGUGCUUGGAGGGGCAUCCGCUGUCCUGAGCGGGACACCAGGAAGCCUCCUGUUCAGAUCCAGAGAGAAGCUGAUGCAGCGGUGGUGCAGAACGGCUGGCCAGGGGCCACCCUGGUGGAGGCAGCCCUGAGAAAAAACAAAAAUAGCAACACCGAAGCACUGCAACAGCUGUCAAUUCCACCAGCAGCAGCAGGCGCCGACAGCCACAGUGUUGCACACCUACCCUCUGAAGGGCCCGAGGAACUCAAUGGCUGGGAGGCAGGCACUGAGAACGUGGAAACUGCGGAGAUGAUUGCCCACAGGACUGGCGGGAUGAAAUUAUCUGCCACCGUCAUCUUCAACCCCAAAUCCCCGUCCCUCUCCGAUCUAACGGUGGAGGCUGCUGCAGAUAAACUCCUUCUGCUUCCCCCCGCCUCUUAUGAGGAAUCCCAGUCGGAACUUCCCUGCGAGGGGCCACACAAGCUAAGUGGGUUGACGGCUACGAACUGUCUGAUCAACUCCUGCGUGUGUUGCGGCAGCUGUGAGGACAGCCGCGAGGAUGGCACGGAAGCUCUGGGGGACAAGGGCAAGAGGUUUGCAUCCACCAUGGUUAUAGACACUGCCAGCAGCUUAGUUGUGAACAAGGAAAUGGGUCCUCUAGAUAGUAAACUGGACUGCACAUCGCCCAUACAGGAGGGGGUAAAAAACGACUGCCCCAGCCACAGGGAUGGGGUCAAGGAGCAGAAGAGCCCAAAGUGCAUCAAGUGCCUGGCACAAACCUCAGGGACACAGGCUGUGACUGAGAGCGGCCUGCAGGGAGAGAAGGAGACAUGUAGCCACCAGAGGCGGACUGAGAGAAGAAGGCAGGCCAGUGGGGGAAAGGAAAGCACAACAGAGCUGAAUGACAGGACAGCGGGCGACAGAGAGUUGGAGGAAGAUGUCAACAUGAAGUCUAACUUGAGUUCUCAGGAUUCCCCGCUCAGUUCCAUCUCUAGCAGUGACUGUGAGAGUGUGUCUGUCACCACAUGUAGUCUGUCCAGCACAUACACAGCAAGUCCCAUCAGCAGCCUGACCACCAGCUCGUACACCUCGGGGGACCUGGACCAUGAGGAGAUCCAGCUGGCCCUGCACGCAGCCAAGAUGGCAGCCAGAGAGAAGAUCCGCUCCCGAUUCCACAGCAGCAGCGACCUCAUCCACCGGCUCUUCGUCUGUAUCUCAGGUGUGGCUGAUCAGCUGCAGACCAACUACGCCAGUGAUCUCAGGAACAUCUUGAAGACGUUGUUUGAAGUCAUGGCAACAAAGCCUGAACUGGAGGACAAGGACAAGCAGAAGAAAGCUGGCCAGGGCCUGAGAAGUGUGGCACUGGAGGACUGCGCUUUGUGUCAGGAAUGCAUUUCAUCUUCUGAGAUCGCUGCCAAGGCCAGGGACGGGGAGUUUGAAGAUCCUCCGGACUGGGUUCCAGAUGAGGCCUGCAGCUACUGCACUGCCUGCGAGGCUCCCUUCACUGUCAUCCGCAGGAAGCACCACUGCAGGAGCUGCGGCAAGAUCUUCUGCUCCCGCUGCUCCUCGCACUCUGCCCCCUUGCCCCGGUACGGGCAGGUGAAGCCCGUGAGGGUGUGCACACACUGCUACAUGUUCCACGUCACCCCCUUCUACAGAGACAAGACAGGGAUCUGACAACAGCCCCGGCCCGAGGCGGCGGGACUGCACAGGAACUGUACUGGACACUUCUAUUCCAUCAAAUAACACCACUAUAAAUAAUGAUUCAUAUUAAAUAAAUGCAUUUUAAAAAAUUGAAGUUUCCUGUGGACCCCGCUAAAAGCAUGGUUGGCUUUGAUGGACCCUUUUUGUACAGACUAUUUUUAAAUAAAAACAGAAAAGUCAUUUAAUAGCAAGCUGCUGAAAGGGAAGCACUGAACAACCCCUAGCCCGAGGACUACAUUCUUCCAUAGGUCUCUAAUACUCUGCAUUGAUAUUAUUGGUGUUCUAAUGCUGGCCAGAGAAAGGGAACACUUCUCCUUCUGCUACACUGGGAAGGAGCAGGGCUCAGACAAUAAACAGCUUUGCUGCAUUGCUAUGGAACUCUUACAGCAAUGGCAGUUUACAUUACCUUGAAACAGCAGCCAGGGCAAUAAUGCAAAGCACCACACAUGUCCUUCAGAAACAAACAACUUUAAUUUGCUUUUUCAUUGGAUACUGUGCACAGCCAAGGCGAUUAUAUAAUUCUAUAAACUCAGAUGAAUGUGUGUGAAUAAGUAGACUGGUUUUCAUGGCUUGUAUGCCAAGCACUUUCUUUGCUUUGUUUUUCUGAGUCUCACUAACACCAGUGCUUGAAGAUUCAGAUUGGAUGCAUUUUGUAUAAAGGGCAAAAUACUCUAGUUUGGCAGAAAGUGCAGGCUCAUUGCCACCUGACCAAGAAUACACACAACGUACUUUUAAACAGGUAUGUAAUUGUAUAUUAAGUAAAACAGCAUUAAUUUGGUGAGAAUUCAACUGAUAACAACUUCAUGUCCAAAAAUUGUAUUAGUUUAUUUUUGCUAUUUUGAAAUCCCUCUUUGUUUAAUUUCACCUUUCACAAUAGAAUUAUUCAAGCCGUUUUACUUAGUAGCGACUCCUGAUACACAGACAGAGUAACUGCAGGUUAAUCCCUCUAGCUCUUGAGAUCCCGAGAUUGUGUCUGUCUUUCGCAUCGGUCCCAGUGUCACAGAUAGAGCCUGUCAGUACAGGCUCUUGGAACAACACUGAUUCUCUACGCAUUGGCAUUCCAUUUUGUUUUUUCCUCUUUCAUAAUUAAAAUAUGCUGCAGUGUUCUGGUUUCAUAUGCCGCAUUGUAAUGAGAUGACAUCUUGCUUUCUGCUUUAACAGCAGUUAAAACCUCAACCGAAAACGAGUCUGGAGCUGUACACACAGAAAGAGGAGGAGGAUUUCUGCUUCAAUGUAUCCAUACUGAGGCCAAAUUGACCUUGGAGCUUUGAAUUAUUUUUUUGUUUGUUUUAUUAUUACUCUCCAAUAACUGGCCAUUUAAGAAGUGGAAGAUCCACAUUUUAGUUCAUUUUUGUAUUUGAGAGAAUACUGCCUUUAUUUGCACCAUGGACAUUGAAGCACAAGGAUAUGAAGGACAGGCCCAGGAUUUGAGGUCAGCUUGUCCCGACUCCCCCGAGCACUCACUCUAGAGCCUCCCAGUGAUGCUACUUUCUCUCUUUCACUAGCCAGACUAACCAACCUGGAAAUGUAAAACCCAACAUAAAGAAGCAUCUGUCAACGUAGAGACCUGAUCAUCUCCCCUUGUCUUCUCAACCGGAAAACCAUUUGUGUGAUGCCAUCCACUAGACAUCAUGUCUACAGCUUUCUUUUCAUCCUUCCAAGAGGAAAUGUAAUUGUCUAUCCCUGCUGUCAUACAGCAGAGACUCUGGAAUGCAUAUGAUACAACAUGUCCAUAAAGCCUAAGAAUAGAAUGUGUACAAAUAGAUAAAGAUUUGAUGUCUGCUUAGAUUGCAGAGCCACACAACCAUGUGUAGAUUAUCUAGAUGUGUGUUAGUCUGGCUCUGUAAUUCUGGCUUAGUUUGUGUAGUUUAGCACUGGGUUCUUCCAUUCAUUCAGUAAUCUAUUACUACUUUCAGCUCAAAUCUCAGGCAUUACAUUGCAAUGAUUUAUUAUGAAUUAUAAAUACAAUAACGUAAAAUUGUAAAGAUGAUUAAACAGAAAAAAAAGAAAACAAAAUGCACAAGUUACAAAUAAUUCCCCUGUAUAAACAGAAUGAUAUUUAAAAGGACUGCUUGGUCUUAUUUCCAUAAAUGCUGUAUGAAACUGUGUGUGAGGAUCUCAGAUGCUGUUAGUUUCUAAUGUCUUGUAAAUACAAUAAAUACGACUUUUCUCUUUCAAGAAAAGCAGGAGACAUGCUUCAAGUCUUCUGAAUGUUGUGUGCAUUUGUAUUUAUUUUUACUCAAUUUAGA